AUGGCUGGUUUGAAAGACGUUGUUACUCGUGAGUACACCAUCAACAUGCACAAGAGGUUGCAUGGUGUCUCUUUCAAGAAGAGAGCUCCAAAGGCCGUCAAGGAAAUCAAGAAGUUCGCCAAGUUGCACAUGGGUACUGAAGAUGUCAGAUUGGACCCAAGAUUGAACACUGAAGUCUGGAAGAAGGGUAUCAAGGGUGUUCCAUUCAGAAUGAGAUUAAAGAUCUCUAGAAGAAGAAACGAAGAAGAGAACGCUAAGAACCCAUUGUUCUCCUACGUUGAGCCAGUUUUGGUUUCCUCUGUUAAGGGUUUGCAAACCGUUGUUGUUGAGCAAGAAGAAGCUUAA